CGAAAUAGAUAAAGAACGAAUAGACUGUUUCUGCCUCUGCCUCUGCCUCUGCCUCUGUCUCUGUUUCAGAUAUUUAUAGCAUAACAUUAUAGAAUGUAAAUCUUCUUGUUUUCCAUGUUGAUUUUUCACGACUCGAUUUUCUACUAUACUUUUGGCAGGGAGGAAAUAUUCUACUACAUAUCUCUGUACAAUGGCCUUGACGGGCUAGGUGUCCGGGUUAAAAACUAAGGCUAUUACCGUCACGAAUAUAUGUAUAUGUUAAAAACAGUAUAAAAGAUCUUAUUUUACCUGCAUUCAAACAUUCAAAUACAAUGCACAAUGCAUGAGAAUUCUGAGGGUUAGAGACGGGCAAGAGUGAAGAAAUAAUGUUCCAAAAAUUAACGAUUAUUGUCAGGAAAUAUUGAUAUUACCUUUUUAGUAUGAAAUUAAAGGUAACCAGUCAUACAGUUUAUUCAAUUAUUGGUGACAAAACAUUUCUACUGACAGAGGUAAUAAGAUUUGCAAGUAAUUUGUUGUGAGUUUAUCAAAAAACAAAUUUAAACAGACAAUAUGGGUUCUGGACAAAGUACUCGUAAACUUACUAUCAAUAACGAAGAAAUAGGUGUAAUAGAAAUAUCAGAAUCCGUUGUGGAGCGUUUAACUCAAAAAGUGCCUGAAACAAAUAUUAACGUGGCAAGUGAAGUAAGAUCUACUACUUUAGCGGAGCCGUCUUCUAAAAAAACUGUUUCUCAACAAUUACCUCAAAGUGGUGAUAUACUAGCGAAUGCUGGAUAUCCCACAUAUCAUCCACAAUUAACUUUAACCGCUCUUCAAAUACAGCAACAGAAUGAACAAGAAUUUCGUAAACAGGAUAAUUAUUGGCAACAACGUUUGCAGAAAUUGGAACAAAAACAUUCAGAAAUUAAUGAAAUCAUUAACGCAGAAUAUAAAAAAGCAGCGGAACAAUUAUAUAUUGAUGGUAAAAAAGGGGUAAAUAUUCAUGAUACUGUCCAACCAUGCAAAAAUAGUUCUGAGAAAGUGUUCAAAUGUUAUCAGGAUCAUCCUAAAGAAAUUCUGAAGUGUUCUACCUUAGUCGAAGAGUUUUCUAAUUGCGUAGAUCAGCGUCGUGCGCGUGUGAUUGCAGCACGUUGUUAAUAUAUCUUAAUAUUGAAUUAUUAGUAGCCAAAUGUAAUGUUAUUUAAUAAAAAAAAUUUCGAAAAAUAAA